UUUUUCUCACAUAUAAGCAACCAAACUCACCACCUUUCUCAUUUGCGCUCUCUUUUUAACCCCAACCCUAACACUAACAUCCCUCAAAUGGCCGAGCCACAAUGCCAUGGCAUGUCUGAAACUCGUAGGAAGGGCACCAGCAAGCAUGCGACCAUGCUGGUCGAGGCUGAUGAGCCGGUGGUGGCGGCACCUGCCCCAGUCCCAGCAGCACCAUGUGGGGCAUGCAAGUUCUUGAGGAGGAAGUGUAUUAGUGGGUGCAUAUUUGCACCCCACUUUGGCUCAGACCAGGGUGCAGCCAGGUUUGCUGCCGUGCACAAGGUGUUCGGAGCUAGUAACGUGUCGAAGCUCUUGCUUCACAUUCCGGUGAACCGGAGACACGAUGCUGUGGUCACGAUAUCGUAUGAAGCUCAGGCCAGGCUAUCGGACCCGGUUUAUGGUUGUGUCUCAACCAUACUUUCUUUACAACAACAGGUAGCUUCUCUACAAGCUGAGCUAGCAAUGGUGCAAAACCAACUGAUUAACAGUCGAUUUGCCAUGGCAAAUGCCCUCCAAAGCUCCCAGCAACAGCAGCAGCAACAGCAACAGCAUAUUGGAUUGCUGCAGCCAGCAUACUCAAACAACUCCUCAGCUUCCAAUAGCCUCAUCCACAUGAGCAACUUCACCUCCAGUUUUGACCUCGUGGCUGAAACUGCACCAUCCUCUCAAAGCCUGGACCGUCUCGAUCAGCUCUCCAGGCCAUGCCAUGACGACGAAGAUGAUGAAGAAGAGAGCCGGAUUCCGGCCAUUUUCCGCCAAUGAACUUAUUCACCGAAGAUAAACUUUAGGAUUUUUUUUGUCUUUCCUUUUUCAUUUCCAUUAUAAAAUUAAUAAAACUUUUAUA